AUGACGAGUAAAGCAAAGCAGCGGCAAAGUCCGCACCGGCACAGUAAGACUGUGCAUCGCAGAACAUCACAGUGGUUUCAAAGAAAUGGUCCUAUGAACAUCAACCACUAUGCAAAUAAGAAGAGCGCUGCAGAGAGCAUGCUGGACAUUGCCCUACUGAUGGCCAACGCAUCCCAGCUGAAAGCCGUCAUGGAGCAAGGACCUUCUUUUUCCUUCUACAUCCCACUUAUCAUUCUUAUCAGCCUGUCGCUCACGUUGCAAGUUAUGGUGGGAGUGCUCCUGAUAUUCCUUGUAAAAUAUGACCUUAACAACCCUGCAAAGCACGGAAAGCUGGAUUUCCUCAACAACCUUGCAACUGGACUAGUAUUCAUUAUCGUAGUUGUGAAUAUUUUUAUCACUGCCUUUGGAGUGCAGAAGCCAGUUGCUGAGUUAGCAUCAAGACAGUAAGUACAAGGGACCUGAAGCAUUCAUUCUUCCGCAGAUGCCAUUUGCACUUGAGCCAGUUACACUUGGACAUUUCGAAGCUGGACAUACUCAGCAG